CAUGCUCUCGUCUAUGAUCAAUAGAUUAGCCUGUUAGGGCCUAAUAGACUAUCAAUAGGCCUAUAUUGGCUUAUCGAUAUAGAGAUCUUACAUCGCAUCAGAAGGAAACUCACAUUUCAUUGUGAAGUAUAGAACUAUUGGCGCAUUGCAUGCAAUAUCAUAAUCAAACAGUCGGAUUACAAUGUUGCGAUCACAGUUUCGUAUUAUCUAUCGUCUGCUACCAUGAAAGAUGAAUAUGACAUGCGAUACCGGCUUUGCGCAUGCGCCACUGUGAGGUUGUCGGUUCACUUCUCGUCGGUGCUCCGUUCCCACCCAACCAGCGGAGAAGAAAAGAGCAGGUGAGAGGAUGGUCGGAUGCUGCUGGCGUUACUAAACCGAUGAUAUUCAGCAAACAUACACUUCAUGCACAGCGAAACGGGAGGUUACUGGCGACAGGUAGCGAGAGCACGUCGUGACAGUUGGGUUUUUGCACGGUGGUCACUUUCCGGAGUGUUUUAUUCGUCAUAGACAGCAGGCGUCGAGAGAGAGGGCAGUAAGCCAGUGUUGGAGGUCUAUCCUGACUGAAGAGGAGACCCACUACACACACAAUCACAUCAUCAGCUUUUAAAUACACACACAUUCAUCAUCAUGGGAGGUAUAUGAUGACUGUAGCUGCAGGGCUAUGGCCAGCGAACCCCUCGAAGGCUUCCAUGAGGUCAACUUGGCGUCACCCACCACCCCUGACCUCCACGGAUUGACCUCCGACACCAGACCCCAAUGUCACAGCGCCCCUUCCAGCGCCCUGUACCGUACACCCUCCCUCAGCUCCAGCCCCUGCCCCCCCAACGCCCUGCGAGCCGACCAGCUGCCCACCCAGCCCAUCUACUCUGCUCCUCGGCUACUGGGCAGCACAGAACCCCACAAUGGAAGCGCUCCGGGGUUGGAACCCCCCGUCCGGUCAGAGGCGGAGUCAGCAGAGGGGGUGUUCCUGUCUGGAGAGGAAGGGGAGGAGUCUCUGGGUCUGACCAAUGACAGCCUGUCCCGCCUCCGCAGCCCCUCAGUCAUGGAGAUCAGAGAGAAAGCCAAUGAGAGACUGAAGGAGGAGCUAGCCAAGGCACAGAGGGAUCUUAAGUUAAAAGACGAGGAGUGUGAGAGGCUUUCUAAAGUCAGGGACCAACUGGGCCAGGAACUGGAGGAGCUCACUGCUAGCCUGUUUGAGGAAGCUCACAAGAUGGUGCGUGAGGCCAACAUCAAACAGUCGACGGCUGAGAAGCAGCUGAAGGAAGCUCUGAACAAGAUUGAUGUGCUCCAGGCGGAGGUGUCUGCCCUGAAGACCUUGGUCCUGUCCACGUCCCCCACCUCCCCCUGUCACGACCUUCCUGGGGGCUCCAAGGCCCCCUUCAAGAAGGGCCACGGCCGCAAUAAGAGUACCAGCAGCGCCAUGCUGGGCAGCGGGCAGGAGCAGAGCGCCACACAGCCCAUCGUACGAGACUGCAGAGAGCUGGACAGUCUCCUGUUUAGUGAGUUUAAGUUGUGGAAGGAGGAGCCCAGUCUGGAGAGGAACAGCUCCUUCCUGGAGAGAGUCUACAGAGAGGACAUCUACCCCUGUCUCACCUUCUCCAAGAGUGAGCUGGGGUCGGCCAUCUUGGAGGCAGUGGAGAGGAACACGCUCAGUGUGGAGCCGGUGGGCUUCCAGACGCUACCUGUCGUCAAGGCCUCUGCUGUGGAGUGUGGAGGACCAAAAAAGUGUGCCCUUAGUGGCCAGACCAAAACCUGCAAGCACAGAAUCAAGUUUGGUGAUUCCAGCAACUAUUACUACGUGUCUCCUUUCUGUCGUUAUCGGAUCACGUCAGUUUGUAACUUCUUUACCUACAUCCGCUACAUCCACCAAGGGCUGGUCAAGCUGCAGGACGAACAGAUGUUCUGGGAAGUGAUGCAGUUGAGGAAAGAGAUGAGUUUUGCUAAGCUGGGCUACUACAAGGAGGAACUGUGACCAACCAAUCACGAUGCAGAACAGAGGGAGGCGUGUCUGAAUCUCAACCUAUCAUCAGACGCACUCCGGUGACUGACAGGAUAGCUCUCCAAUCAUCCUACCCUCCCGGUUCUCGGAAGGAAGAAGGACUGCCCCCAACACUCCUCAUCGCCACCCCCUUCCAAUCUCUCAUCCAAUCACGUGUCAUUUCAGGAGACUCCUCCCAUCCUCUGUCUUCAAUACCUACAAGCAUAUGACUUAGAAUGCAUGCCCCUUACAUCCUGACUGAUCUACCAAUAACAGUGAGUAGUUUGUCAGGGUGUAAGGGGGUUGGUAGAUCAGACUGACUGAUCUACCAAUAACAGUGAGUAGUUAGUCAGGGUGUAAGGGGAUUGGUAGUUCAGACUGACGGAUCUACCAAUAACAGUGAGUAGUUAUUCAGGGUGUAAGGGGAUUGGUAGUUCAGACUGACUGAUCUACCAAUAACAGUGAGUAGUUAGUCAGGGUGUAAGGGGAUUGGUAGUUCAGACUGACGGAUCUACCAAUAACAGUGAGUAGUUAUUCAGGGUGUAAGGGGAUUGGUAGUUCAGACUGACUGAUCUACCAAUAAUAGUGAGUAGUUAUUCAGGGUGUAAGGGGAUUGGUAGUUCAGACUGACUGAUCUACCAAUAAUAGUGAGUAGUUAUUCAGGGUGUAAGGGGAUUGGUAGUUCAGACUGACUGAUCUACCAAUAAUAGUGAGUAGUUAUUCAGGGUGUAAGGGGAUUGGUAGUUCAGACUGACUGAUCUACCAAUAACAGUGAGUAGUUAGUCAGGGUGUAAGGGGAUUGGUAGAUCAGACUGACUGAUCUACCAAUAACAGUGAGUAGUUAGUCAGGGUGUAAGGGGAUUGGUAGAUCAGACUGACUGAUCUACCAAUAACAGUGAGUAGUUAGUCAGGGUGUAAGGGGAUUGGUAGAUCAGUCUGCAGUCCGUCUGAAACAUGACCGUUGCUUUUCAUUCUGAUUGGUCUGCUAGAGAGGAAGUGCUCUGAACCCAGCUGGUGCUUCCCAAAUGGCACCCUGUUCACUGUAGUGCACGACUUGUGGCCCCUAUGAGCCCUGGUCAAAAGUGGUGCACUAAAUAUGGAAUAGGGUGCCAUUUGGGACACAGGACAAGUGUAAAUCGAGGCGCUCCGUCCAUCCAUCCAUCUGUGGUAAUUCUAUCCAUCCAUCUCCAGUCCAUAUUUAAAACCAGAGGACAGUAACUAUGGUGACGACCACACUGCUGUAUUUAACUUGACUCCAUUAUUAUAUGUAUGAAACGCUGAAUGAGCUCUUCUGUCCACACUACAAGUCUGAGUCACAAAUGGCACCCUAUUCCCUAUAUCGGUAACUACUGUAGUAGUGCAAUAUGCACAGCAGGGGUUCCCAACCUUGUUUUAUUAUUGUUUAUUGAGAUUGUCUUUAUUAAAUACACCAGCUUCAUUUUGUUUCAUUUAAGGGACCUAGGAAAAAGUCUAAAGACGUAUUUUAGGUAGGCAAUUUAUUUAUUUUAUUUUGUGUUUUUUAUUUAACCUUUUAUUUAAUUAGGCAAUUCAGUUAAGAACAAAUUCUUAUUUACAAUGAUGGCCUACCGAGGCCAAACCCCUUAACCCUGACGACGCUGGGCCAAUUGUGCUCCACCCUAUGGGACUGCCAAUCACGUUUGGUUGUGAUACAGCCUGGAAUCGAACCAGGGUCUGUGAUGAUGAUGAUGACAAUAAUAAUAAUAGAUCGAUAAGGAAAAUAAAUAGUCUAGACCUAAUUUCCCCAAAUGUUUUCCACUACCAAAUGUUUUAUUACGAUAAUUUAUAUGAACCCUCAAUUUAAUUAUGCAUAUUCUAUUUUACAGGAAGUGAUUAGAUCAAUUUGAUAGUGACAGAGUCACACAUUGUAUACGAUUACUUCGCAAGCGAAGUCCAGUUUCUUUGACUCCUCGACUUUAGAGGGCCGUAGCUCAGCUUCUCACUGUCAUAGAGACGAAGCAAAUAUAUUCCCAUGUGCAUCAGAGUCUUCCUCUUGUCAUUUUACUACUUGUUCUGACCCUAAGGCAUUGCUUCGUUUUAGAUCGGAAGGUUCCGUGCCCUCCCAUGAAACUUUGGCGCCCCAUAUGUGAUGUAGAUGAUGUGAUGUAGAGAAUAGGUGCCGUUUGGGACCCGUGAUCUGGAGAAUAGGUGCCGUGAUGUGGCGGAGGGUUCUGUUGCGUUCUCUCCAAUACAAGGACUUUAGAAGAAUCUGUACAAAUGUUUUGAAAGGUUUUAGAAAACACAUCGAUGAUGAAGAAGAACAUUCUCUCUGGCUUUUUAGUUCUUUACCAACCCUUAGUUAGAAGUAUGUAGUUGUGUCGUCAUGUGUGUGGUGUGUGUGUGGUCUGUGAACGUUCCAAUCUCUUUACCUUCUCCUGGUUUUCCAUCCUCCAUUCCUCUGUUAACAUUCCAACUCCAAGCUUUCCUCAAUUUAUUUUAGUGCCUUUCUGGAACACACUGAAUUAAAAAUGGUAUACCUCUGGAA